UUCAUGGACAUCUGCUAGUAGAGCUUCCAGUAGCCAGAGAGAGGAGAGGGGUCCAGCCGCAGCUCCUGAAUUUCUUACUUUACUUUCAAGAGGGGGAGGCUUGAAGCAGGCUGCUCUGCCAUUUGCUCGGUCCAUUUUUUGGGGGGAUUGAAUAGACUGAUUGAUGCUCUGCUGACCCUUCAGGACCAAACAUGAAGAUAGGGCUGUCACUGGCCGCGGCUGCCUUCUUUGCAGCCCUGCUGUCCACCAUAGAUGCUCAAGUGGAUUCCCCCUCAGACUUGAAAUUUAAAAUUCUCAAUGAGAACUCAGUGGAAAUGUCAUGGACAGGACCCUCAUCAACAAUAGAGGGCUUCAGGCUACAAGUCGUAUCUGAUGCAGAUGAACCAUCCAGAGACUUUACGCUUGAUGCAUAUGCCACAAAGACCAAAAUCACUGACCUGACACCUGACUUGGACUACACUGUGUCCAUAAACUCCUAUUAUGGGUCAGAGGAGAGUAUUCCCAUCUUUGGACAACUGACAAUCCAGUCCAGUAACACCAGUGGACGAGUCAGGAAGCCACAGAUAGAUGCAAUCAAGUGUUCGGUCAGUGCAUUGGCAGAUUUGGUUUUUCUGGUGGAUGGCUCAUGGAGUGUGGGCAGAGAGAACUUCAAACACAUUCGUAGCUUCAUCAGUGCCAUGGCAGGGGCCUUCGACAUUGGCACUGACAAGACACGAGUUGCCGUAGUUCAGUACAGUACAGACACCCGAACAGAGUUCACACUUACACGUUACAACAGAAGAGGAGAUCUUCUCCAAGCCAUCAACUCCCUGCCAUACAAAGGCGGAAAUACUAUGACAGGUGAUGCCAUAGAUUACCUUCUGAAAAACAUCUUUACGGAGGCAGCUGGAUCCAGGAAAGGUUUUCCUAAGGUAGCCAUGAUUAUCACUGAUGGAAAAUCCCAGGACCCAGUGGAGGAGUAUGCUAAAAGGCUUAGGAACAUUGGAGUGGAAAUUUUUGUCCUAGGUAUCAAAGGAGCAGAUGAGGAUGAGCUAAGGGAAAUGGCCUCCACACCUCACAACAAACAUGUGUACAAUGUUCCGAACUUUGACAUGAUCCAAGAAGUACAGAAAAAGAUCAUCACAGAGGUGUGCUCUGGUGUCGAUGAGCAGCUUGGUGUUCUUGUCAGUGGGGAAGAAAUGGUAGAGCCAGCCUCUAACCUGCAGGUGACAGAAAUUGCAUCAAAGUCAAUGAGAGUGACAUGGGAUGCCUCUCUGGGUGAAAUCACAGGCUACAAGCUCAACCUAAACCCCAUGCUAGCUGGAAUGAAACGCCAAGAACUUUACAUUGGGCCCACACAGACAUCAAUCAAUGUUCGUGACCUUUCCCCUGAGACUGAGUAUGAGAUCAGCCUGUUUGCCCUCAAAGGUCUGACUCCCAGUGAAGCCAUCCUGGCAAUGGAAAAGACCCAGCCUGUCAAAGUGUCAACAGAGUGCUCUUUGGGAGUGGAUGUACAGGCUGAUGUGGUCAUAUUGGUUGAUGGCUCUUACAGUAUUGGAUUACAAAAUUUUGCCAAAGUCCGUGCUUUCUUGGAGGUUCUGGUCAAUUCCUUUGACAUUGGACCCAACAAGGUCCAGCUUAGCUUGGUCCAGUACAGUCGCGAUCCACACACUGAGUUUGCCCUCAAUACCCACCAUGACAUAAAUGCUGUUGUCAAAGCUGUGCGCACUUUCCCCUACCGUGGAGGCUCCACCAACACUGGCAGAGCCAUGAAAUAUGUUAAGGAAAAGAUCUUUAUCUCUGCCCGUGGAGCUAGAGAGAAUGUCCCCCGUGUCAUGGUACUGAUCACAGAUGGAAAGUCAUCUGACUCGUUUAAGGAUGCAGCCACUGGCCUGAGGAAUAGUGAUGUGGAGAUCUUUGCCGUUGGUGUGAAGGAUGCCGUUAGGUCAGAGUUGGAGGCCAUUGCUAAUCAACCAUCAGACACUCAUGUCUAUGAGGUGGAGGACUUCGAUGCCUUCCAGAGGAUCUCCAAGGAGUUGACUCAGUCCAUCUGUCUUAGAAUUGAACAGGAGCUGCUUAACAUCAAAAAGAGAAGUCUGCUUCCACCCAGAGAUUUGACGUUUUCAGAGAUUACCUCCAGAAGCUUCCGUACCACCUGGGUAGCUCCUGCUGUCGUUGUUAUGUCCUACCUGGUACGUUUCCGCAAGGUUGAAGACAUCACCGGUGACUACAUUUCCAUGGCAGUGCCUGGUGAUUCCACCACAGUUGUUCUGCCCCAUCUAAUCCCCCUCACUGCCUACGAGGUCAAUGUUUUUUCUCAGUAUAAUAAAGGAGACAGUUUCCCUUUGACUGGUGAAGAGACCACUCUAGAAGAGCAAGGGUCUGUACGGAGACUUCAAGUCACAGAGGAGACCACCAACAGUUUCCGGGUAUCAUGGCAAUCUGCUCCAGGUCCUGUUAUCAGAUACCGCCUCACAUAUGUCCCAGUGAGUGGCACUGGGGAAAUACUGGAGGCCCAAACCAUUGGACCGGACACUUCCAUAGUUCUCGAAGAGCUUUUCCCCAUUACCACCUACCGUGUGUCUGUGUCUGCUGAGUAUUCAUCAGGAGUAGGGGACGAGAUGCAAGUAGAUGGAACCACCAAGGAAGUCCGCGGCUCUCCUCGGGACCUCCGUGUCUUUAACGAGACCAUAUCCACAAUGAAACUGGCAUGGCAGGCUGCUCCAGGAAAUGUUGUUCAGUACCGCAUUGCCUUCAAACCUGCCGAGGGUGGUGACAGGAAGGAGAUAUCCGUCAAGGGAGAUACUACCCAGGCUUUGCUGAAGAACCUCCAACCAGCCACUGAAUAUGAGCUGUUUGUGAGCGCUCGCUACUCUUCUGGUUUGGGUGAACCUCUUCUUGGCACAGGAACCACCUUAGAAGAGCUUGGUUCACCCAGAGACUUGGUGACCAAAGACGUCACUGACACCAGUUUCGCUGUGUCUUGGGCCGCUGCUCCCGGAAAUGUUCGUCAGUACCGGCUCAGGUGGAAGUCUCUCUACACUGAAGAGGCUGGGGAAACGAUGGUACAAGGAGACACCACAGCCACAGUCUUGGAUGGUCUCACACCAGAGACACGCUAUCAAGUCUCUGUGUUUGCGGUCUACGGGCAUGGAGAGGGUCAGCCAUUAGUUGGAGAGGAAACCACUGAUAUCUCGGCCGCUGGACGAACGAUUGUUGUGUCCGAGGAAACGGAGAAGAGUAUGAAGGUGGAUUGGCAACCAGCGCCUGGAAAUGUACUCAACUACCGCGUUACCUACAAACCCAAGGCAGGAGGGCGUCAGCUAGCAACCAAGGUGCCUGGUGGCACCACCUUCACCGUGCUAAAACGCCUCACCCCCCUCACCACCUACGAAAUCACCGUUCUGCCAGUCUACCGUUCAGGAGAGGGCAAAGCAAGGCAGGGAGAAGGAACAACAUUGACACCUUAUAAAGGCCCCAGGAAUCUCCAGACUUCAGAGCCGGCCAAGACUAGUUUCCGUGUGACCUGGGACCAUGCUCCCGGUGAUGUUAGGGGCUACAAAGUCACUUUCCACCCUACAGGCGAAGACAUUGACCUUGGACAACUUCUGGUUGGUCCUUAUGACAACACUGUGGUGCUAGAGGAGCUAAGAGCGGGUACCAAAUACACAGUGAAUGUGUUCGGUAUGUUUGAAGGAGGAGAGAGUAUGCCAUUGGCUGGAGAGGAGAAAACCACUCUUGUUGAUUUACCUACGCCUCCUCCUUAUGAGGCAUCAGAUGUGAAGUGUAAGACUGCUGCACAGGCUGAUAUUGUGCUGCUGGUGGAUGGCUCCUGGAGUAUUGGACGUCUCAACUUCAAGACCAUUCGUGCCUUCAUCGCCCGUAUGGUGGGAGUCUUUGAUGUUAGCCCUGAAAGGGUCCAAAUUGGUCUUGCCCAGUACAGUGGAGACCCAAAGACUGAAUGGCACUUGGAUGCUCAUGCUACCCGGGAAUCUCUCUUGGAUGCCGUGGCUAACCUGCCCUACAAAGGAGGAAACACCCUUACUGGUCUGGCUUUGAACUACCUCCUCCAGAACAAUUUCAAAGAGAAUGUGGGGAUGCGACCUAAAGCCAGAAAGAUCGGUGUGUUGAUCACUGACGGUAAAUCCCAGGAUGAUGUCAUCAUCAACUCCCAGAACUUGCGCGAUCAGGGCAUUGAACUCUACGCCAUCGGUGUGAAGAAUGCUGAUGAGAACGAGUUGAGGUCCAUUGCCACUGAUCCAGAUAGUAUUCACAUGUUCAACGUGGCUGACUUCUCCUUCCUGUUGGAAAUCGUUGACAACCUCACUGAGAACCUGUGUAACAGUGUCAAGGGGCCAGGAGGUGCACCCGAUGCUCCCACUAACCUGGUGACAUCAGAAGUGACUCACCAGUCCUUCAGAGCCACCUGGACUGGCCCUGAAGACCCAGUGGAGCAGUACCGUGUGGAGUACAUGACCGUGGAUGGACGCCCAGUAGAGGUGUUUGUGGCUGGCACUGAGACCACCGUGGUCCUCCAGAGCCUCAACCCUCUGACCGAGUACAUGGUCAACGUCUUCGCCGUGGUGGGAGAGGACAGCAGCGAGCCCCUCAAAGGAGUCGAGACCACACUGCCACUGAGUGCCGUGAGGACAAUGGACAUUUUUGAUGAGCAGACCACCACCAUGCGGGUGAGAUGGGAAGAGGCAGCCAGUGCUACUGGCUACAUGCUGCUAUACAGCGCCAUUAAUGCCACUGAGCCCACUGUCGAGCAGGAGAUCCGAGUGGGAGGAGAUACCACUGAAGUCCAACUGGGGAAGUUACUCCCCAACACGGCUUACUCCCUCUCGCUCUUUGCCCUACAUGAAGAGUUGGCUAGUGAACCGCUGACCAAGCAGGGAGUCACCCUACCCCUGCCUCCUGCAGGCAAACUGAUGGUCCGUGAAAUCACUCACAGCUCCAUGAGGCUCAUUUGGGAUGCUGCUCCUGGUGCUGUCCGCAAAUACCUCCUCACCUACAAGCCUGAGGACGGAGAUGCUAAGGAACUGGAAGUGGAUGGAAGUCUGACCACCAGAGUAUUGGAAGAACUGACAUCACAGACUGAGUACAGCCUGGCUGUUACUCCGAUCUAUGAUGAGGGACCUGGACAGACAAUGUUGGGAGAUGCAAUCACUGACGUGGUUCCUGCCCCACAGAACCUACGAUUCUCAGAAGUUACCCAGACCAGCUUCAGAGCCACCUGGGAUCACGGAGCCCCUGACGUGGCUCUGUAUCGCAUUGGAUGGAACAAGAAGGGAGGUGCCAACUUCCAAUAUGCCAUUCUGAACAACGAUGAGAUUACCCACGUUCUGGAGGGCUUGGAUCCAGACACGCCCUAUGAUGUGUCCGUCACUGCAAUCUAUCCAGAUGAGUCAGAGAGCGAGGAUCUGCUGGGCACUGAGAGGACAUUGCGUAUAGGGGCCAAGCCUGAUGGUAACAGACUACCUAGCGGACCUCCCACCAACUUGGUUGUGUUCAACGAAACCACCACCACUCUGAACACCAGGUGGAAUCACGCACCGGGCCGCGUGCAGAACUACAAGAUCACCUACGUCCCAACUGCUGGAGGCAGGAGCCAGACGACCCAGGUUGGAGGGAAGAAGACUACUGUCCUGCUCCCCAAGCUGACCCCUGACACUGAGUACUCCAUCACCGUGGUGGCAGUCUAUGCCAAAGGACUUAGCCCAGAGCUGAAUGGCCCCGGAAAGACCAAGCCUUUGGGCGGUGUUAGGAACCUGCAGGUCACUGACCCCACUACCAGCACCCUGAAUGUCCAGUGGGAGGCUGCCGAGGGCAAUGUGCGUCAGUAUAGGAUAUUCUAUGUUCCUGAGGCUGGAGGAGAGGAAGAGAUGGCCCAGGUUUCAGGAAGCACCUCCGACACUGUGCUGAAGAACCUGCAGUCUGACACUGUCUACAAAGUAACUGUGGUCCCUGUUUACUCCGCUGGAGAAGGACAACGCAUGUCUGAAAAUGGCAAAACAUUGGAGCGUAGCCCCGUCAGGAACAUCCAGGUUUUCAACCCAACUACCAACACUCUGAACGUUCGCUGGGAGGCUGCCACGGGAUCGGUCCAGCAGUACCGGGUAGUCUACUCUCCUCUGACUGGAGUCAGGCCCUCUGAGUCGGUUCUGGUACCAGGGAACAAAAAUGAGGCUCUGCUGCUGGACCUGCACCCAAACACUGAUUACAAUGUCGGAGUGGUCGCCCUGUACAGCGACGGUGAAGGACCCGCUAUCAGUGAUGCUGGAAAGACACUGCCCCGCAGUGGCCCAAGGAACAUGCUUGUAUAUGACCCCACCACCAGUACUCUCUCUGUGAGCUGGGAAUUCGCCGACGGUCCCGUCACACAAUACAAAAUCACCUACGCCCAGACCACAGGAGACCCCAUCGAGGAAUCUACUGUUGUACCAGGAAACAGAAACAAUGUGGUCCUCCAGAACCUGGAUCCAGACACUCCUUAUAAUAUCAAAGUGACUUCUAUGUAUGCUGACGGAGCAGGAGGAGACCUGGAUGGGGAUGGACGUACAUUGGGUAUGCUCGGCCCCAGGAACCUCCAGAUUUCUGAUGAGUGGUACACCCGCUUCAGGGUGUCUUGGGACGCCGCCCCCUCCAAGGUUACCGGAUACAAACUGGUCUACCAACCUGAGGGUUCUGACGAGUCCUUAGAGGUGUUUGCUGGAGAUGUGACCUCCCACCAACUGCACAACCUGAAACCUGGAACCACCUAUGACGUGAAAGUGCUGGCACAGUACGCAACAGGCCUUAGUGAGCCUCUCAUUGGACAAGGAACCACAUUGUACCUGAAUGUGACUGACCUGUCCACCUACAAUGUCGGCUAUGAGUCCUACUGCAUCAGAUGGACCCCUCACAGAGCAGCCACAUCCUACAGACUCAAAGCCAAUCCAAUUGAUCCCUCCAAGCGUGGUGCUCAGGAGAUCACCGUCAGAGGCUCAGAGAGUAGUUACUGCUUUGAUGGCUUGUCCCCUGACUCUCUCUACGACGCCACAGUGUACACCCAAACCCCCAACCUGGAGGGACCUGGAGUCGGCGUGAAGGAGAGGACAUUGGUCAAACCAACAGAGGUGCCCACCGAGCCCCCAACCCCACCUCCUCCAGCAUCACUCCCCCCUGCACUUGAUGUGUGCAAGGGUGCAAAGGCAGAUCUGGUCUUCCUCAUCGAUGGCUCAUGGAGUAUUGGAGACGAUAGCUUCAACAAGGUCAUCCAGUUUGUCCAGAGCAUGACCGGAGCCUUUGAAGAGAUCAGCAAUCUCGGCAUGCAGGUUUCAUUUGUGCAGUACAGCGACGAAGCCAAGACCGAGUUCAAGCUGAACACCUACCAAAACAAGGGCGUAGUGAUAUCAGCUAUUCAGAAUGUGCGCUACAGAGGAGGCAACACCAAGACAGGCGUUGCUCUGAAGCACAUCUAUGAGAAGGUGUUCACCUCGGACAGUGGCAUGAGGAAGACCGUACCGAAGGUGCUGGUGGUGGUCACAGAUGGACGCGCCCAGGAUGAAGUUAAGAAGAGCGCUGAAAAACUGCAGCAUUCUGGUUACAGUGUGUUCGUAGUUGGAGUGGCCGAUGUGGACAUGACAGAGUUGCGAGUUAUCGGCAGCAAGCCCAGUGACAGGCAUGUGUUUGUGGUGGACGAUUAUGAUGCUUUUGCCAAGAUCCAGGACAACUUGAUCACCUUCAUCUGUGAAACAGCCACUUCCACUUGCCCUCUGAUCUACAUCAAUGGCUUCACAACACCUGGCUUCAGGAUGCUGGAGGCUUUCAACAUCACAGACCGGACAUUUGCUGGCAUGAAUGGCGUAUCCAUGGAGACCGGCUCCUUUAACAGCUACAUUGCCUACAGGAUGCACAAGGAUUCCUUCCUUAACCAGCCCACCAAGGAGAUCCAUCCAGAUGGUCUUCCCCCAUCCUACACCAUCAUCCUUCUCUUCCGCCUGCUGCCCGACACAGGCUCCGAGCCUUUUGAUAUUUGGCAGAUUUCCGACAUAAACAACAACCCAGAGGUCGGGGUCACCAUCAAUCCUUCUAGCAAAACAAUCUCUUUCUACAACAAGGACACCCGAGGAGAAAUCCAGAAAGCUUCAUUUAACGAGGAGACAGUGAAGCAGGUUUUCCAUGGGAGCUUCCACAAGCUCCACAUUAGCGUCACUCCGGAGAAAGUCAAGCUCAACAUAGAUUGCCAGGAGGUGGCAGAGAAGCCCAUCAAGGAGGCCAACAACAUCUCAGUGGACGGCUAUGAAGUGCUUGGCAAGUUGGCCAAGUCUGGAGGCGGGAAGAAGCAGUCUGCAACAUUCCAGCUCCAGAUGUUCGAUAUUAUCUGCAGCUUGAGCUGGAUCAGCCGAGACAAAUGCUGCGACCUGCCCGCCACGAGAGAUGAGGCCAAAUGCCCAUCCCUUCCCCACUCUUGCACAUGCACGCAGGACAGCAUUGGCCCCCAGGGGCCUCCUGGACCUACGGGAGGCCCAGGUACUAAGGGACCGCGAGGAGAUAGAGGAGAAAACGGCAAACCUGGUCCAAUGGGUCCACGCGGUGAGAUGGGACCCGCAGGCUCAAUGGGACCCCCGGGUCCACAGGGCCCCAAUGGACUGUCUCUGCCCGGAGAACCUGGUCGCCAAGGACCAAAGGGAGAUGCUGGAGACCAGGGCCUGCCUGGCUUGCCAGGUUCUACUGGGCCACGUGGUCCUCUGGGCCCUGUUGGACCAAGUGGAGCGCGGGGGCCACCAGGAAAGGAGGGACAAUCUGGACCAAGAGGCCCUACUGGGCCCAUGGGAAACCCUGGGAAUCCAGGUGUACCAGGAAUAACUGGAAAACCAGGGAAACUAGGAGACACAGGAAACCCAGGAACUGCAGGUCCUAAAGGAGAGAAAGGAGAAAAGGGAGACUUUGCAUCCCAGAGCAUGAUGCGCUCUAUUGCCAGACAAGUUUGCGAACAGCUUGUGAACAGUCAGAUGAGCAGAAUUGACAUGAUGCUCAACCAGAUUCCUUCUGGCUAUCGUAGCAACACCCCAGGGCCAACCGGUCCUCCCGGCCCUCCUGGCAACCAGGGAGCCCGCGGAGAGCCUGGACAAAGUGGACGAACUGGUUUCCCUGGAAACCAAGGUUUACCUGGAAGUCCAGGAGAAAGAGGUUUGCCUGGAGAGAAGGGAGACAGAGGACUUCAAGGAACUGGUAUCAGAGGACAAAGAGGUCCAAAUGGGCCCCCAGGGCCACCAGGAGAGUCAAGAACGGGACCCCCAGGUGCUUCUGGCUCUUCAGGGCCUCGUGGCCCUCCAGGUCGCCAGGGUACUUCAGGGGUGAGGGGACCACCAGGACCCCCUGGAUAUUGCGAUUCCUCUCAGUGUGUUGGCAUACCCUACAAUGGACAUGGACAAGGAUACCAAGGUUUGGCAUAGUAAACGCUCUGUCACCUGUGCCGCUUACACUUUGAAGUCCUGUUUCUGAGAUGUUUGCCCAUUUGCUAUGGGGCAUGUAAGGAUAAUCACCAUGGACAUAAUUUUCGAACAUUUAACACAUUACGAAAGCCAAAAAACACAGAACGGAGCGGACUGGCACUAACAUCAUCUUGCAGCUACAAGCUACAGUGAUGGCAACCUGCUGGCCUGCUUGCAUCUUGAACCACAAACCGUUGGGGAAAAAAAAACAAAGACUGAGCAUUUCUACAAAGGAAGGAGCAUGUACAAAUACCACCCAAAACUACUAACAAAGAGGAUCGCAUAACUGAAAGCAAUAAUGUAGAGGUGAUAUGUAAAUAAACUAAUUUGUGUGCCUUGUAAAUGAUUGUAUGAACCAGGACAUUUUCACUAAAAUUCAAGUUAACAUCUGUAUUGAGCUUGUGCCUCAUAACCCUCUGCUUACUGACAACCAGCAUAACCUCUGUUUACGACGCCUUAAGUGACAUAGACAGCUCUGGUUCGGACUAAAGCAUGUUCAAUUUGUAAUUUUUAAUCAUCAUGUUUCUGUGUUGGACAAAUCAAUGCUAAAUGGUGCCCUUCCCGUCAUUUCCAUGUGUUCAUUGUAGUAUGAGCUGGUUAUUUUACUACGUCUUAUUAUCCAAUAGCUUGAUGGAUUUUAUUGUAAAUGUCAUCACCGAAGAUUUGUUUUUUUUCUCUUUUAGCUUUUAUGCAGCUUUAGGAAGCGAUAGUUUAACACAAGGUUUUUGGUUUUGGAAUUCCCAAGUGCAAUAUACAGUAAUUUAAAUUGUGCAUGCAACAGUUGUCGAAGGAAACAUUUUUAUAUUGGCCGCCCUGAAUAUUCUUCUAGCCAACAACUUCCAGCCCGAACCUGUGGUAGAGUCUUUACCUGUGGAGCCAGCUGAAGAGUUUGAGGCAAUACAAUCACCCGGUUACUCACGAAACCAACGAGGAAAGAGAUCACUACAACAAGACAAAACAGAAACUCUAGUGUCAUAGCUGCAAUAAGGAGCUCUCAGAAAGUGUAAUAUUAAAUAACUAUGAUGGUAUGUGAGGAUGACGGGAUUUUCCUGAACUUAACUAGUACUUAUAUGGGUUUGAUACCCUUGGCUAUAUUGAACUUAUAUUUUUUUGACAUGAGAAAGUUAAGCAAGAAUUUAAAUACAACCUAAAUGUUCGUUCUUUACAAACCUGUGUGCUUGCUAAGCGUUCCCCUUAAGUGUCUGCUUGUAAUAUAACUGCAAGUGUUUAUCGGACUACAAUGUGUAAUGCACUAAUCAUCUGAAGACAAGCAGAAAAAGUAACGACAGUCUGUAUGUUUUCCAACACAUCCGGAUUAUCCUUGUUGUUUUUUUUGUCAAAUUUCAUGUAAAGCUGUUUCAGAUCCUCUAAUGGUUAAAAAAAGGACAGUCAAAUCUGAUCUCCAAAGAUUUGUUUAUUGUAAUGUUUUCUUAAGCCUUUAAACCAAAUGAUAAUCUGAUUUACAAACCAAACUAUUUUAUUUUGUUACCAAAGGUGGAAUUGCAUGUUUGUGUUGUAUAUUUAACUGAGGAUUUCUUAGUCAGAAUAUAGUUGUUGUUUUCUAUCUAUGCAGUUUGCAUUUGGUUGCAAGACUAUGGACAUAGAAUUGCUUUUCUCAUGUUUUAACUUCACAUUUUUGUGAAUUCCACACAGCCUUAUUUUCUUAUUUAUUUCUGAAACAGAAGAGGCAUUUUUCAAUAAAACUACUGAAAAUGUA